UUAAAAAUAAAAAGCGGUUUCCUAUCUGAAAUAGCUGAUUUCAGUUGACUCGAGCGGUCAGCCUAGAGCGUGAAGAAUUUAAAUUUCUUCAUAACGCACUUUCUUGAUUUCAGUGUAAUAUAUUAUAUAAAAAAACCAACAAAGCAUGAUUCAUCAAGCGAGAAUUAUGAUGUAAAAAUUUUGUAUGUUGGUGUAUAAAAACUUUCCUUAGAUGAGUUUCGCGUCCCUUUUAUCGAUAUGGUUUUGUACAAUUGAACAACAUUUUAGAUUAUUUUGUAUAUAAUAUAAUGUGUUUCUGGAUCUGUCGCAAUCCCUUUAAUUUUCCCAGCUUUAGAAGGUCAAAAGAAAAUCAUAAUCAGUGUACAUACAAUUUGUUUCAUGUCUGAGAUUUAGGCAAAAAAAAAUGGUAAAAAUUUUAAGAAUCUAAAGCUAUUUUCAGGUCUAAAGCAAAAUCAUUGUACGUUCAUUCUUCACUUGAUUUCAUGACUUCUUAUAACAUCUUUUCGCGCAUUUUAAAAUAUGCAAUAAUUAUGGCUGAAUUUAAGAGGAAAGAAAAUGAAAGGCUUGUGUAUUCUGAAAAGUUAAUAGCAUUUAUUGACUUUAAAUAAAAUCUCUUGCUGGCUGAUUUCCCGGAUUCCGUUGAACAACCCUUUGAGGGUGAUUCACUAUAACUAAUCUUUCGAGCCAAACACAUCUGAGGAUGCAUGCCCCACUCGUGCUUGCGAAAUUGCAGGAUAAACAAAAUAUAUUAUUCCGCCCCGUCGACCUAAACUCCGAAAUAUUCAACAUUUUACGCUCUAAAUUGAUUUGUAUUACUUUUAUAUAACUUUAUUAAUCUUUACGCUCCGCAAUUCGUUCAAUUGACUGAUUCUACUGCCUUAACUAAUUACCUAAUGGCUAUUGAUUAAAAGUCCAAUUUGAAAUGACUAAUCUUUUACACCGGUAAAUACUAACUUCGUAUUGUUGGCUUGUUGCCACUAGGAACCUACACGAAUCCGGUUUCCAAAUAUGUGUUGCCAAGGACUCUUUGACAAAUCAAACCUCCUUUUUUACUUUGAUUUUGCUCAAAAACACUUAUCUUGUUAUUAUUAAUUGGCGCGUCUUUGAGGCAUCAGUAAAAUGGAGUGGCCCAGUAAAAAUAUACCUUUUGGAGGAAUUCUACAUCCUGCCAGAGCCAAUUAUAGCCCAGAAACACAUCAGUUCAUCAAAGUUUUAAUGGAAGAGAGCAAGCUUUCAAUGAUGCAAAGGAAAUCAAUUAAUUACUCUCUAAGAAAUGGUCAACCACUUCCCACUUCGAUCAACAGCUCUAGACAAAAGCGUUCACAAAUUCCUGAAGUCACAAUCCGACCCGGAUCGUCUCGAAGGCGCUCACGAAAUGAUAUAAUUUCUUCUGGUGCAUACGAAAGGGAACCAUUUAGACCCACGUACCCGGUGAUUGAUAGGGAAAAAGAGAAAGUUAAAUUAGCAAACAUGAUGGCAUAUAACAGAGAUAUUGAAGUGAAAAAGUCGAGAGUUAUCAAGAAAAUCGAAAUUGACGGAGUUAAAGAACAGGGCAACCGAUUUGAUCAGCUAAUCGAAGAAAUAAAGGAGCGGGAACAGUGGCUUAAAGAAAUGGAACAAAUAGGACAUGCGGAGAAAUAUAGACUAAUUAUUCAGCAGCAAAUCCAAAACAAAGUUAGAGAAAUGCAAAAGCUUAAAUCAGCAGGAGAUAAUUGAAAAUGGGAAGGUUUCAAAAUAUAGUAUUUACCUGAAA